UUGUUUACAUUUUUUCCGCGCUGUCAGUGCAUAAAUUUGCAAAUUCUAAUUGGACGCACACUUAUUUCUUUCGCCAAUUAUUUUCUAAAAAAGCGUAAAAUUAUGGCUGCGUGGAAGAAUUUACGUAUGAUAAGCAGUAUUGUCGCUGGUACAGGUGCAGGUUUAUCAGCUUAUUAUUAUCAACGUUUGCGCGAACCCGAAAACGUAGUGCACAAUGCUUGGCCCGUCUACAAUACGCCGGUAAGCGAGGGCGCAAUCUGGGAUACCAAUUGGGAUUGUCGCGAGCCCAAAAGUUGUGUGCGCCCGAUUAAAAAUGAUACGCCACAAGAACAGAAUCGUUACAAUAAUGAGAUGGAGAAAAUGCGUGUCAAAGCCACACGCCAUAUUGUGCUCAUACGACACGGACAAUAUUUGGAUACUGGCAAACACGAUAAAGAUCAUCAUCUCACCGAAUUAGGGAAAUUACAAGCAAUGUAUACGGGGAAACGUUUGCACGAGUUGGGCAUUACGUGGGAUAAGAUUAUCGUGUCCACCAUGACGCGGGCGCAAGAAACAUCGGAGAUGAUACUUAAAGAAAUUGAGUAUGAUCCGGAGAAAGUGCGACACUGCCCCUAUUUACGUGAAGGUGCGCCAAUAGCACCACAACCGCCGAUCUCACAUUGGCGUCCCGAGAAAUUUCAGCAUUUCUUCCAGGACGGAGCACGCAUAGAAGCGGCCUUCAGACGUUAUUUCCAUCGUGCCAGUCCCGAGCAAGAGCAUGACUCGCACACGCUGAUCAUUGGGCAUGCCAAUGUUAUACGUUAUUUCGUAUGUAGAGCGCUGCAACUGCCACCCGAAGCAUGGUUACGCAUAAAUAUUAAUCAUGGAUCGAUUACCUGGCUAACUAUCAGACCGUCUGGUAAUGUUAGCAUUCAUCAUUUGGGCGAAACAGGCUAUAUGCCAGCCGAUAUGCUAUCACAUCGUAUACCGCGCGAGUUGAAAAAUGUUGUUUAAACGGCGUAAUCAUAAUGAAAAUGUGAACUUAAUGAAUUAAGAACAGUAUAAGUUAAAAACUUUAGUGCAACUAGUAGUUCCAGUUGUUGUUGCGGCAAAAGAAAAUGAAACUAUUUGCAGUAAUUUAAGGUAAAUGCAUUGUUUAUCAUAUAUAUAAACCGAAAUCAACCACAUAUGGUUGAGAAUUUAGCAGAAGAACUAAGCAGCAGUACAGUAGAAUAUUAUGUUUCAUAUAGACCUAAAUUACAUACAUAUAUCAGUUACUAUUAGCAGCGCAUAAUAGAUAAAAUAAUUAAACUAUUAAUAUCUUAAAUAGAAUUUAAUACAAUUAAUUUGAAAAUAAAAUGAUGAAAGUUGCCUUAAA